AUGGCUACUGCUGGGGUAGAUACGACUACGGAAGAGGGUGGCGCACAUCCUAGAGCCGCUAGGCAGGCCGAUCCCGAAGCCGCAGCGGAACAACCCGCACCGAUAGGGUCCCGCGGCGCGACACACUUAACAAGUGCCAUACCGUUGUAUCACGGCACUGAGGACGAAGACGUCGAGAGUUUUAUAGAUGCUUUAGAGGAAGCAGCAAGAAUAUCAGGCUGGACGGAUGCCCAGAAAGCUGAUAUACUGCAUUUAAGAACAGCAGGAGAGGCUAAACGCUAUAUUAGGGCUUAUGGCGAACUUAGGGAAACAACAGACUAUCGAUACUUAGUGCGUAAGUUAUUACAGGAAUACAGGACGCGAGACUCCACUAAUGUUAUUCUAACCGAACUGCGUAACCUUCAUCAACAACGUGGCGAAUCAGUCCGAGUUUUCGGGCACAAGCUACAGGAGUUAGGUAAUAGGUUACGUAGGGCUUAUGCACGUCCGAGCGAGGAUAUGUUGCAGGAUACUCUAAAAUCAGAGUACGAGCAAGGGCUGUAUAGUAAUGCAGCUAGGCAACAUGUAAAUGAAGCAAAUAAAGCCCAAGCAACAUUGUUAGAUUUAAUAGAAGUAGCUACACGAGAAGAGCUACGAGAAAAGCAAUUAUAUACGACGAACAAAUAUUCGAAAUAUUCGCCUAUAAAUACAGUUAAUAACUUAGACAAGGCUAAUCCAUCGGAUAAAAAGUUGCAGAAUAAGUCCGAUAGCUUCCAGUGUUACAACUGUGGAAAAGUUGGACACAUAGCUAAAAAUUGCUUCAAGAAAUCAAAAAGAAAUGAGCAGACAGUGUGCUAUAACUGUGGCAUUACAGGUCACAUGGCACGUGACUGUCGACGCCCAUGA